CCCGCCCAGAAGCUUCCUUGUCUGUUUUGUUCAUUGGGUUCAUGUGGUUCAUGGACACUAAUGCCAUUGUACGGGGGUCUGUUACCAGACUAGGAGAAAAAAUAUUAUCGCACUAUUUUGGUUUAUUUUUAUUUUUAUUUUCUUGUGAUCGAUUUUUUUCUUCUUUUUUUUUCUUAUGUUUUCCCCCAAAUUCUGCUCCGAUCUUGACACUUGCCCUUUUACCACCACUACGUUAUUGAAUCGCCAUCAUCACCCCCACUCCAAAAAGUGCUGGGCGGUUUGGUUUGAUUACUUGAAUCUUUUUUUUCCCGUUGCCCGCCUUUUUUUUCUGUUUCGGUUCCCUGUCCUCUUGAAAUGUCGCCUUCAUAGUCCAGGGGUUUUUAUUCCAAGACAGGGGUCCUUUGUUUUUUGUCCCUCAUAAUUUUGAUCGUUGUCCUUCUACCGUCCACCGACCGAUCACUGUUGCGCCGGGCGAAAGGUUGUUUGCGGAUUUGCGUUGGUGGUACAAGCAAGAUAGCACAGCAUAGCCCGCGCAGUUACUUCAGUACCAAUCCGGCUAUUUCUUUCGCCAAUUAUCGCCGCUCGCUCUCCUCACCACGACAACAACAAGUCUGCCAACAACCUCAAGAGUCCCGGAAAUCGACCGCAAAAAUGGCGUGGUCUAAAGCAACUCGCAUCGGCGUGAUGCUGGCAAUCGAUCUGGCCUUUUUCUUCCUCGAACUCGGUGUCGGAAUCUACGUCGGCUCCCUCGCACUCAUGGCUGAUGCCUUUCACAUGCUCAACGACGUCAUCUCCCUUGUUAUCGGCCUCUGGGCUGUCCGUGUUGCGCAAAAUAAAUCUACCGACAAGUUCUCCUACGGCUGGCUGCGCGCCGAGAUCCUGGGUGCCUUCUUCAACGCCGUCUUCCUUAUCGCCCUAUGCGUCUCCAUCCUCCUCGAGGCCCUGGGCCGCUUCGUCGACCCUCCCACCAUCCAAAACCCUCAGCUGAUACUCGUCGUCGGUUCCCUGGGCCUCGCCUCCAACCUCGCAGGGUUCUUCGUCCUCGGCGGCCACAGCCACGGCCAUGGCCACGAUGACGACCAUGACCACGACCACGAUCAUGGCCACAACGAUGCGCACUCGCACUCUCACGAUCACGCCCACGACGCCACCCGCGAGGCAGAAGAGGGCCGUCACAUCAGCUUCGACGACAGCCGCGAGGAUGUUGCUGGGGUCCCCGCACGAUUCAAGUCGCACAGGCGCCGGCCCAGCAGCAACCGCCACAGUCGCCUCACUAACAUUGACGACAUGUCGUUCCACCCUGCUAGCUUCCGCCAGGAGAUAAUAGCUGCCAGCCGACCCGUUGAGGUCUCGGACGACGAAUCUGUCACCGACAACGAGAACGAUGCCAAUGACAACACCCCCCUUAUCAACGACCGCACCGGCGCCGGUCAUGAAGGCCAGUACGGGAGCACCGGCCACUCCAACAGUCAUGGACGCUCGCGCCGGGACUCGGUUCUCCACGAUCACCACAACCACAACAAGCCUAGGGAAGCGCAGAAGGGCGGCGGUCACAGCCAUAACCACGCAGAUAUGGGCAUGCAGGCCAUGAUUCUGCACGUCAUUGGCGACGCUCUGGGUAACGUCGGCGUUAUAGUGACUGCCCUCAUCAUCUGGAAGACGGAGUGGUCCGGCCGCUUCUACGCCGAUCCUGCCGUCUCGCUCUUCAUCACCUGCAUCAUCCUCCGCUCUUGCAUCCCGCUGACCCUCGCGACGGCCAAGAUCCUGCUCCAGGCGACGCCCGAUCACAUCAGCAUUCGCGACAUCAAGGCCGACAUCCAGGACCUACCGGGCGUGGUCUCGUGCCACCACGUGCACAUCUGGCAGCUCUCCGACACCAAGCUCGUCGCGUCCAUGCACAUCCAGGUCUCCUUCCCUAUCAGCGAAGAAGGCGGGGAGAAGUACAUGAAGCUGGCCAUGCGUGCCAGGAGCUGCCUCCACGCGUACGGCAUCCACAGCGCCACCAUCCAGCCCGAGUUUUACUUGGACGAUGUUCACCUCUCGCGCUCGGAUAUCGCCGCCUCUGAUGCCGCCACAGCCUGCGGGACUGGCGGCCCCGGAUCCGUGUGUUUGCUAGAGUGCGUCGACGACUGCGUGGGCCAGGGCUGCUGCUCCGAUGCCGGUGCCAAGUCGCCGCCGAGCAGUAGCCACUCGGGAUCCGGUGGCGGUCACAAUCACGGCCACAGCCACGGUCAUGAUCACCAGCACUAGUAAACUAAACUAGAUUUCUAUAUUUCCUUGAUUCCUUUCCUUUUCUUUUUCUUUGUGGUCAUCUACGCAUGAAUCCCUUCUGAACAAGGGCUUUGAAUGGGGACUCUUCCAUGGUCCGCGUGUGGUUCUCUGCAUUUUCUGGGAGUCUUAUGGCAGGUCUAGUACUUCUCUCUCUGUCUCAUCACAACACUCUUUUUUUUCCCUUUGUUAUCUGUUUCGAUCAAAAACUACAGCAUCUUUUGCUUUAUUUCCCUUUUACCGGUAUUUAUUAUACGUCUGGUCUUUUACAAAGGAACUUCAUUGGCGGGACGUUAUUAAUACGGUGUAGGAUAUGCAUAUAGAAAAAGACUACGGCGUGCUUUUCUUUUUUUUUUGCUUUCUUCGAGCCUUAUAACUGGCUUUUGGAAUUUGGGGACUUUUUUUUUGUCCGGUAAUGGUCCGUGAUAUAUCUUAAAACCAAUUACUACAAAGUACUAUGCUAUGG